AUGCACUGCUUAGUGAUUUUGAGGCUACAACUAGGGUCAACUCGUGUGAUCGGUCUAUCGUUGUUGGCAGCAGCCACAGGUAGUGGGCAGUUCGGCUAUCAGAAUGCUCUGCAUACGAUGGAUUAUGAAAACAGCUCGUAUUACGGUGAUUUUCUGUUACAAAGUACUUCGUAUCACGCCGGCUGCUUUUUCGGUUUCAUUGCCUUCUGCUUUAUUGGACAGCUAAUUGGGGUUCGCAGUGGAAUACGAGUGGGUGCAUUGUUGCUUGAAGUCACAUCGUUGUGUUCGCUGGCCAUCGUUAGCGAUACUGCUCGUCUUGCAAUGAUUGGCUGGCGAUUCUGUUUCGGAAUUUCGUCUGGAUUUUUCAUUUGCUUUCAAACAGUCCUAAUCGAUGACAUAUCACUGGACGAAUAUCGCCUCAAAAUGCAUGCCCUUAGUGGCUUAGCGGUGCCAGCUCUUUAUCUUGCUGCAGUCAUACUUGCCAGCAUUGAAUUUCUGCGCAGUAAAAUGCUGCUGCUUCCUGCCGCACCAUCAAUCUCCAUGGCAGUCAUCAGUAGUCCUGGUGCAACAGUGCGAGCAGCAUGCAUUGCUAUAGCAAUCAGUGUGGCCGCAGCGCUGGCUGAACCACCUUUGCUAAUGCCUUUCAGAAACAGUGUUCCAAUAGGAGAGGGGAUCUUACUAAAACUCGUGACAGUUUCAUCGGUAAUAUCAUUUCUAACUCAUGUGCUAAUGCUCUUCAUUGUGAAUGUAGUGGAAAGGCGACUCCUAAUUGUGAUCAGUCUCGCGGGCCUUGCUGCCUGCCACUUCUUUUUUGCUUUGCUUAUUCAUUUGCAAUGCGGCAAAGCUAUCUACUGCACCAUACUUUUGUUCACGUUGGUGGCGCUCUAUGCGGUAUUGUACAGCAUUGGUCUGGGUAUCGUAUGCUGGUCCAUCGCCCUCGAAACAGCAUUCGGGUCCACUGCUCGUCUAAUACAAGGUGCCGCACAUGCAUGCCGCGCACUGACCACUGUCCUACUUAUUAUAUUUAUCAGACAGUACAAACUGGUAAGCUACUCUUUAUACGCUCUGCUCUAUAUCAGCAAACAGUAG